AAUAUGCAUUUUUAUCAACCGUCGACGUCAUCACUUUCUGUGUAGAUACACGCGCUUUUUAGCGCGUGCCACCAAGAUAACUGCCACUCUUAUCUUAGAUAGAGCAGACGACAGUCGCAUCCUCAGUCAGAAGUGAUCAUUUGGAUUCUAGGAAUAACAUAUCCAGGGACUUUCUUUUUUGUGUCGUCUGCUGUAGUAACAAAGAGUCGAAAUGGCCACCGAUUACUUAGUUGCUAAAUGGAAGCUCUGGUACAAGUCCUUGGACGUCAACCACGACGGCAAAAUCUCCAUUGAAGAUGUAGAAGAGUCAAGGGCCAAGUUCUCCGACUUGCACAAGCUUGACGCUGAAAAGAGCAAACAAGUUCAAGAUAACUUCACGAAAUGGUGGAAUGAGUUUGUCUUCCGUGGAAAAACGGGCGAAAUCUCUGAAACCGAAUUCAUCGACGCUUUGAACAACGACUUGAAGGCCGAUUCAGCCAAAUUCAAGGCAGAUAUGGACAGAUGUUUUAAUAUCUUCUUUGAUGUUAUUGACACAAACAAAGACAGGUCCAUCUCCGAAGAAGAAUUCCUUAUCGCCUUUAAAGCAUAUGGUCACGAGAAUGUUGCUCUGGAUACAAAGUUUUUCCAGGCAUACAACCCAAAAGACGGCCUUGUUUCCCUGAGAGAGAUUGUCGACAGUUGGAUAGACUUCGUCACCGGUGAUGAUUCUUCAAAAUCAGGCAGCAUUGUAAAAACAGCCUUUGAGUCCGGUGUUUAAUUCUUUCCAUAUACCAUUGACAUGCAAAAACAUGAUUAACAUAUGACAUUUUGUAUAUAUUUAUUCUCGACUUGGUACAUGCUCAAAGAAGGCUUAUUAUGCUAGUUGUAAAAGAGAAAGAUUUAGUAACAGGCUAACGAGGAAAUGAUAAUAAUGUAAAGUUAAACAAGUAAACAUAUGCGGGGCUCAAAUGGAAUAAAAAAAAGAAUUAUUACUAAUUUAAACGAAAUUGUGAAGUUGUCUGUUGCAACCGGAAGCCGGCCGAGGGCCAACGUUUCUACCUUGUGGGACGGUAUGAUCCUAGAGUGACCAUUUCUUAUUGUUGUCUUGUAAUUGAUCUACCUUAUGUGAGUUAUAUCAGAGGUUUUAUUAAAUAAAUGGCUAAAAGAAA